UGAUCGAGCUGAACCUGGAGAAGAAAUCGAACUUAUUUAUGUUGACGAACCAACAUGCCAAAAACCACUCCGUAUCGGACGUCACCUUCAAGAACCAGUUCGGUCUGAACUUAUUACAUUCCUUAAAAGAAAUCCUGAUGUUUUUGCCUGGAAACAUGAAGAUACGAAAGGAAUUGAUCCUGGUGUUGCUUGUCAUAAAUUAAAUCUUGAUCGAACAAUCAAACCUGUCGUCCAGAAACGAAGAAAAUUAGGAUCAGAUCAUCAGCAAGCUUUAGAGGAAGAAGUUAAGAAACUCAUUGAUAACAAGUUUAUCAAAGAAGCCAAGUAUCCGAAAUGGGUCUCUAACCCAGUCCUUGUCAAGAAAAGCAACGGCCUUUGGCAGUUAUGUAUCGACUUCUCCGACCUGAACAAAGCUUGUCCCAAGGAUAGUUAUCCACUUCCUCACAUUGAUUACAUGGUUGACGCUACUUUGGGACACGAGUUGAUGAGUUUUAUGGAUGCUUAUUCAGGAUAUAAUCAGAUUCCCAUGGAUCCCCAAGACGCAGAACAUGCGUCUUUUUAUUCCGCUCGAGGAUUAUAUUGUUACACAAUGAUGCCUUUUGGUUUGAAAAACGCAGGGGCCACUUAUCAACGACUUGUCAACAAAAUGUUUUCGAAUCUGAUCGGUCGUACUAUGGUGGUUUAUGUUGACGAUAUGCUCGUCAAGUCGGUCGACGCCAUCGACCACGUCCAUCACUUACAGAAAAUGUUCGGUAUUCUCCGUGAUUAUUCAAUGGUAUUAAAUCCAAAGAAAUGUACCUUUGGGGUGGGAUCAGGUAAAUUCCUUGGAUACAUGAAGUCCAAAAAUAAUGAUCAACCCUGGAUCCUUCACAUCGAUGGUUCGUCUACAGCUAACCGAGCGGGGGGAGGAAUCGUUUUAGUAGAUCCUGGAAACAAAUUGUUUUGCCAUUCCGUCAAAUUCCUCUUUCCGGUGACAAACAAUAAAGUAGAAUAUGAAGCCUUGUUGUCUGGACUAAGCUUGGCUGAAUCUAUGAACGUCCGACAUCUUAAGGUAUUUUUCGAUUCUCAACUGCUUGUCAACCAAAUCAACGGAAUAUUUGAAGUUAAAGAACCUCGGUUGGUGCCUUAUCAAUCCCUCACCAAGAAGAAGUUAUCGAUGUUCUCUGUCCAAGUUAAACACAUCCCGCGAACUCUCAAUGUUGAAGCAGAUGCUCUAUCACGAUUAGCUUCCAGUGUCGGCAUGGAAAGUGUUGAAUAUGUUCAAGUCGGACAGCACGAACAACCAUCCACUCAACUUCUGGAGGUACUUGCGAUCAAAGUGGCAACAUCAUCAAAACCUCCGACAUGGAUGGAUCUGAUUAUUGAAUACAUACAAACCGGG